AUGGUGCUCUUUCUCCGUUCAGACAUCAAGUUUUUGCCCCCAACGAAACAAGACAGACCUGUUCGGGAACAAGAGCUUGAGGGCGCAGAGAUAAAGGCACACGCGGCCAGAAUCUCUCACCAAAAAAGGAGAUGGGCAAAAUUGCAACAGCAGCUGCUACAAAAGGCAGAGCUACACGAGCAGAGCGCAGUACGGGUUCAUAGCGGGCAACAACCCAACCGCCGGGUUCAACCACAUUACCGCGAGAUCAUCUUUGUCUUGCAUGGAUCAUCUGAUCCGUUCCAUGCAUGUCCUGUCAAAAUCACACCAGAAGUCAACCGUAUCAUCACAUAUUCACGAGAUGUCAUGCUUCCGAACAUCUUCAGCCCGCCAUUUUUCCGACGACUUACCGUGGGAGGACCCAAGAUAGUCAACUAUGAGAACUCGAAGAGGGUCAUGGGAGGGUCCAGCUUUCUUGACAGUCUGAAGGGUUUCAGAGACAUGAAUGAGGGUGCUGCUCUUGCAUGGUUGUGUGGCCACAUUCCUGGCAUAGUGCGGCUCAAUUCUGCCCAAAAUACACAGCAGCUUUCAACAGCGAGGCUCAAAAUGCGAGCCAAAAGUCUCAGAUUGUUGCGCGAAAAUCUCGCUGAGCAUGCACAACUCUCACCCGAGUCGUUGGCUGCACUCAGACUACACAUUCGCUGUCUGUUUGAGACGGAGUGCAUGGCGGGGGACACGAUGGCAGCCAAAGCUCAUGCGGAUAUCCUUUUGCGCCUCCCUGAUCCUACAACCGACGAAAGGGAGCGUAUUCAUCAUAAAUUGAUCAUGAUGUUCGAUGCUACCGAAUUGGCGUGCAAGAAGCUGGAAAGGACGGUUAUACCUUUCGGGAACUGGACUGCAAAAGUGCACGAAAGGCUAUGGGACCUGGCCAGUCCAUAUGUACCGAUCCCUCCUAUUGAUGUCCACAACGCUCAUCCCUGUGUGGAGGUGCCUGCGCAUCGUGAUGCAAUGGUCACAUUGAGAUAUUGCUUGUGGAUCGCCGAAACGCCCUUGCCAUUCGAAACUGCUCAAGAGAAGCUCAAGGCAGAUUUGAUCUUUGCCUGGAUGGCGACCAAGACCUUUCACGAUCUAGGAAAUUUGAUCAACUUGUACAUGGAUAUAAUGGAAGAGAAGAUUUCCUUUCGCUCUGAGGGCCACCGGCUAACGCAGGCAUGCAUGGUCCUCACACUGAUAUAUGAAAGCCGCAAAUGUGUGCAUGAAGCGAUCAUCGAGAAUGGAGCCGACGUUCGUGAAGCUUCUCAUGUUAUAAUGCCUCGAUUGGCGCAAGACAUGGCGGCGGCCAUGGAGAUCCUGAGUCCAGUCGAGAGUGUUUACUAUCAAGAAGCAUACCUGUGGAUGCUCUAUGCCGGUGCACUGCACGAGCAACGCCAGAAAGGCAAGAUGCAACGGGCCGAUUCCAACAUAAAACUGGAGCCGAUAGAGGAAGCGUGGUUCACCACGACGCUCGCCAAGCACGCCGACUUGAUGAAAGUCACCGCUUGGGCGGCGGCCAAACCCAUCCUGCGGCGAUUCCUGUAUGAUGAGCAUUUGGGUCCAGACGGGCACCUGUGGUUCGAGGAAGUUGUGCGUGUCCCAGAGCCUAUCAAGAAUGAAGACGACAAUCAGCAACGAAAACAGAUGGCUAUACGCUGA